AUGGGCAAUCAACUCUCCUACCUCGAAACUCCUCAUGAAAUCGAUCUGGGUCCCAAAGGCAGGCUUCGAGGAAUUCAAUAUGACAACAAAGCCCGCCGAUACGCUGGCGUACCCUACGCUCUGCCACCAGUAGGUGCCCAUCGCUGGAGAAAACCUCGCCCUUUGCCCGCGGGGCACAGUUAUAGUGAAUCGGGAAGUCCUUUCGAUGCCUCAUUUUUCCGUCCGGUUUGCCCUCAAGCGAAAUUUGAGUCUGGAGCCGAGAAGGACGUGGGCCCGGAAUCUUAUAGCGAGGAUUGUUUGCUGCUGAAUAUCUGGACCCCUGUUGAGGACCCUACAGAGAAUCCAAAAAAGAAAUGGCCGGUUGUUCUUUGGCUUCACGGUGGCUGGUUCCAGUUAGGCGACCCUCUUCAAGAAGUUGGAAUGAAUCCCACCGAGAUGAUCUCCACUGGAAAGCUCAACGCUAUCGUGGUCGGUAUCGGCUACAGGCUCAACGUGUUCGGUUUCCUUGCUGGUCAGGCUCUGCUUGACGAAAGUGAUGGUGAUAGCGCUGGUAAUUUCGGUCUCUGGGAUCAACGCUUGGCCAUGGACUGGGUGUACGAAAAUAUCGCGGCUUUCAACGGUGACAUCAAUAACAUCACACUGGGUGGUCGCAGUGCUGGAUCUUACGGCGUCCAAGCACAAGUUCUCUAUGACUUCCGACGCGAAACACAAUUAUUCCACCGUUUCUACAUGAUUUCAAAUGCGAUUCCGGCACAACCCAAGGCGCUGUCAGAUGUGAAUCCUCAAUUUGACGAGUUGUGCGAGUACUUUAGCGUGCCUGCCAACCUUUCCGGACCGGAGAAAUUAGACAGACUACGUGAAGUGAGCCACCAAGAUCUCAUUGCCGCACUGGGGAAUCUAAAAAACCACACAUUCCGCCCCGUGACAGAUGAGCUGUUUAUCUUCAACGGUUUCACCGACUACAAUCACAGCGGUGCAUUUGCCGAAGAAUUCAAGAAGCGGAAUCUACGGAUAUUCAUUGGAGAAGUUCUCAACGAGGAGACUCUCUACGCGACAUAUAACAACCCUAAGCCUAAUCUCGAGUCACUUCGGCUGCAAGUUUCGAACUAUUACGCACCGGAGACAACAGAUCGCGUAUUGAAGUCAUAUAAGCUUCCCACCACCGAGGAUCAAAUGGAAUGGAAUACGCUUUUCGGAAAUAUAAUUGCAGACGGUCAAGUUCGUGCUCCCUCACGCUGGUUGGUGAAUUGCCUUAGCAGUCAUGGCGUGCCUUUGCGUCACAUUUGGCGGUAUCGCAUUGCGUACCGACUUUCGUUCAUUACAGAUAAAGUGUCACCUUUAUCAUUUGGCGUAGCGCAUGCCAUGGAUAAACCAUUUUGGAACUUCUCGAUCAUGCACGGCCCCACUUCCCAAGAAAGAAAACUGAUGGAAGACUGGAUUGAGGCAUUUGUCGCAUUUGUGAAUGAUGACCAAGAAUACGAUUACGGCACGAGCUCGAUCGAUGAGGUGAGGGUGGCAACACCAAGCUGUAUGAUCGAUGUCGAAAAGGAUGAGAGAUGGUCAGAUCUGGUCAAGUUGGGCGAAAUUUUUGCAAACGAUGUUUGA